AUGGAGAUGUGUGGAUACUUUCCGUUUCUUGUGUGGCUUGAUUUGGUUUCUGUCAUACUAGGGAAUUUGCAGCUGUCAGUGGGUGUUGGUUUGGAAAUGCUGCAAGUCGAGCAAACAAACAGCUCGCAGCAGGUAAUCAAAGGCAAGCAUCCCGAUCAGAAGAUACGCACUCCCACUGGUCUCAUUGCAGAAAAUGGUCCACAAGCAGAGACAAAGAUUUCAGAAGUCGUGACAAAGAAUUUGGAGCCAAUUUGCAAUGUUUUGGAACCAAGAACCAAUUUUUGCGAGAUCAACAGGGAUGUUCGGGUUGAUGGAAAAUCGUCGACAGUUUCUAUUGUUUCAUCUCAAAUGGAAGUGUUAGCAGGGAAUGGCCCCUGGACUAUAAGACCUUACGCUCGAAAAGAAGACAAAAAGCCAAUGAAUCACACUCGAGCAUGGUCAGUAAAACCAGUCAUUGGUGACCAGGAAGUCCCUCGAUGCUCCCGAAAUCAUAGUGUUCCAGCCAUCUUGUUUUCAAAUGGAGGAUAUACAGGAAACCAUUUCCAUGAAUUUACUGAUAUAGUAGUUCCACUCUAUAUUACUUCUCGAAAAUAUGAUGGAGAAGUUCAGUUUCUUAUUUCGGAUUUACGAACUUGGUGGGUUGCAAAGUUCCAAGCAAUACUAAAAGGACUUUCUAAUUAUGAGCUUCUUGACAUUGACAAAGAAGCAGUCCACUGCUUUCCAAGCAUAACUGUUGGCCUCAAAAGACAUCCAAAGGAUCUGACCAUUGAUCCUUCAAAACAUUCAUAUUCUAUGAAAGACUUCAGAGAGUUCUUAAGAAACACUUAUUCAUUGAAGAGGGCUAAUGCAAUCAGAAUCAGAGUUGGUCAACGUAAAAAGCCCCGGCUUCUGAUCAUAUCAAGACGGAGGACAAGGUGUUUCACGAAUUUAAGACAAAUUACUAAGAUGGCUAGAACCUUGGGGUACAAGGUAACUGUUGAAGAAGCAGACAGGAAUAUGUCAAGAAUUGCACAAGUUGUGAAUUCUUGUGAUGUGUUAAUGGGAGUUCAUGGAGCUGGCCUCACAAACAUUCUUUUCCUUCCUGAAAAUUCAAUUUUUAUCCAAAUACUACCAAUUGGAGGGUUCGAAUGGAUUGCAACAAACUACUUCGGAGUGCCUUCAAGGGGUAUGAAUCUAAACUACUUGGAAUAUAAAAUAAGCAAAGAGGAGAGCACGCUGAUAAAUGACCCUCACACAACUCCAAUACGAGGAUGGGAAGGAUUCAAGUCAACUUUUCUGAAUGCGCAAGAUAUAAAGCUUAACGUCAAUAGGUUUAGACCCACCCUGUUAAAAGCUCUUGAACUUCUGCAUUAUUAA